UCUCACUGUACUUUUCAGCAAGCAGUCUGCUGCGUAUGUUGCACAGCGAAGUCCUGUAGAAGUGCUGUGAAACUGCGCGUGUCGUGUGGGCUUCUCUGCGUCGUCGUCAACCCCUAAUCGUACCAACAUGAUGCAAAUGGAGCGGGCCUCGGAGAUAAUUCUCCUCGCCGGCAAUUCGCACGUGGAUUUGGCGCAGAAGAUUGCGGACCGCCUGGGGAUCAGGGUUGGAAACUGCACCGUUGUUCACUCAGCCAACAGAGUUGGCGACCACACAAACUGCGUGGAAACCCUUGUUGACAUUGGAGAGUCUGUACGCUCCAGAGAUGUGUACAUCAUUCAGACUGGAUCCAAGGACGUCAACAACAGCAUCAUGGAGAUGCUCAUCAUGGCCUACUGCUGCAAGACGUCCUGUGCCCGCAAGAUCGUGGGCGUCAUCCCGUACCUGCCAUACGGCAAGCAGAGCAAGAUGCGCAAGCGAGGAUGCAUCGUCUCCAAGCUGCUCGCGCAGAUGCUCGUCAAGGCCGGUCUGACGCACAUCAUCACCAUGGAUCUUCACCAAAAGGAGGUGCAGGGGUUCUUCGACAUCCCCGUGGACAACUUGCGAGCCUCGCCCUUCCUGCUGCAGUACAUCACCGAAUGCAUCCCAGACUACAGAAAUGCAGUCAUUGUUGCUCGGAAUCCGUCCACUGCAAACAAGGCCACAUCUUACGCUGAGCGCCUGCGACUAGGCAUUGCGGUGAUCCACGGUGAGCAGAAGGAGUCAGAGUCAGACAUGGUCGAUGGUCGUUACUCUCCUCCGACAGUCCUCAUGUCUGGGCGCACCAUGGAGGUUGGCCUCGACAUCAUGCCUGUGCCUGCAGCAAAGGAGAAGCCACCAAUCUAUGUGGUGGGUGACGUUGGUGGCCGCAUUGCCAUCAUGGUGGAUGACAUGGUGGAUGACGUGCAGUCCUUUGUGGUGGCUGCCGAAGUGUUGAAAGAGCGUGGUGCGUACAAGAUCUACGUGCUGGCCACCCACGGACUCCUCUCCAGCGAUGCACCGCAGCUCAUUGAAAACUCGCCAAUUGAUGAGGUGGUGGUGACCAACACGGUUCCGCACGAAGUGCAGAAGAUGCAGUGCCACAAGAUCAAGACGGUGGACAUCAGUGUGCUCCUGUCCGAGGCCAUCCGGCGCAUCCACCACAAGGAGUCCAUGUCCUACCUCUUCCGAAACGUCACACUCGAGGACUGAGCACACCUAGGAGCCUGGUUUUUAGAUGGCCACAUACCUGGUGCAGAAGACUUCAGCACUCACAUUGGGUGCAUUCCACGAACUAUCUCCCGAUUCAACACUACUGUUUGUAAAGCCCAGCUUCAACAGUACGAGAAGAAGUUUGUCCAAGAAGUAGUUACUCUUUUGUAUUUUUAUGCCUUAUUUCGUUUGUCAAAAUUAUGUUCCGAUUUUUUUAUUGUGCUUCCUGGUGAUGUAAGUGACAUCUUCAACUUUGCGUUCAGCUGUGAAAUGUGCACAGCGCUUUCAACACAGAGCAGCCAGAAGUGAUGUGAUCUCACCAUUGCUUGUCAAAGCGGUAUUGCAUCAUGUACCGUGAUGGAAGACGUCACAAAUGCAUAAUGUGGGUGCUGCUGACCAGCUCAAAGCUGCCAAAUUCUUUGCUAAAGUUCGGAGCCAUUCUUCCUCCUAUUGUACUUAUUUUGAAAGUUGCAUCAGUUCAAUGGCUCAGACACAUAUAAAUGCUUUAAGUUACUGUUAACCAACUGUUAAAAACUCCAACUUUCUUUUUUACAUUUUUGGGACUAUCCUUAACCAGCGUGGUUGCUGUGUUCUUCAGCUGCUGUCCAAACUGCAGAAAGGUUUUUGACGAUGGCAAUUUCACAAAGAUGGUACCUUACAUUUUUCUUAAACCUGACAAACAGUUAUGGGUAUGGGCACACCUUCAAGAUAUCUAAAUAAUUUGUUCUGCAAAAGGUUGUUUGAACUUCAGAUGUCACUUGUGUUCUAAUGCAUGCAUUCUUCAGUGGCAGUACUUGCUCUGUCUGUAAAACUUGUAUCAAAAGCACUGAAAGUUUGGCGAGUUGGUACAUAUUCAUAACUGGAAUGUUUAAAGCAGCACGAGAUAAUGCAGACAGAGGGGCAGAGAAACAAAAGACAAGCGCUGCAUUAACAGCUGAAGUUAAUUGAAGCAGCAUGUAAUGAUCAAGGAAGUCAGAAUCAUAACAGAGCUUUGCAAACUGAGGCUGGAUGAUGUGUCUUACGAUUUCUCAUUUUUGCAUAGUCUGUGCAGUGUGCUACUUCCGUAAACUUAAGUUGUUGGUGCAGUGCUUGUCUCGUCCGUUUCUCUACCCUUCGGUCAGAGUUGUUCUGUGCUGCUUUCAACAUUGCAACCAUGAAACACGUUGCAUUGUGGGCAUGCCAAGUUAUUUCAUUAAUAUUGCCUGUUUAUAUCUGCACUAUACAAGACAGUAUAAUUUCCGAAGCGUGCAAGGCAUUUGAGUGCUUAGUUUUAUGCACAACAUCGAGGUAAACAAAAUAUCCAGCACCUUUGCAUUUUAGUAGUGUUGCCACACUUGUAUCUACGAGAAACACAGAGUGUGGGAUUUAGAUAUUGUGGCCAACUUCGUGUUUUGGAAAAGUUUUGCCUGCUUUACAAUGUGCUAUUUACGGAGAGUUCUUUCUCUUGUCCACGUUCAGCACUGUACUUGAGUGCAGUGGUAAUUCCUGUGCAUACCGUACCAGUAUAUUUUGAUAAAAGGUGUAUACAUUGCUUGUAAAAUGUCGUUCUUAUCCCAAGAAGCUGGUCAGAUGAUUUGGUACUGUAUGCUUCUGUAACCACACAGCCAAAUACUUCAGCUGUCAGAAUGUGGUCAACAGGAACAUUUUGGUUAGGCAGCAUUCUUACUUUGAGCUGCUGCAAUACUUCAGAAUCCUGUGUUUGAAACUGAAAUGAUGUGGGGCCAGUAUAUUUUUUUUACUGGACUUGUGCACGGCUUUAGUGUUGUUCGUUCUGGUAUUAAUGCAUAGUCAAACGUGUCUAGACAUUGUAGUCAGUGGUUCUUUGUUUAGACAUGUUUUGACAACUAAGCUUCUGUUGAUGUCCAACCUUUCAUUUUGUGGUGUGGGAAAGCACCUGUAGGCAGCUGGCAGCUGUCUUAUUGUGAAUAAAUGAAUACUAUUCAUUAA